AGGCGUUGCAAAUUCUUAGAGGAGAAGGGUUUGCUGUUUGUUGGGAGUGGUGUUAGUGGAGGUGAAGAAGGAGCCAGAUAUGGACCGUCUCUCAUGCCAGGUGGUUCUGAAAAGGCAUGGCAUCAUAUUAAACCCAUAUUUCAAUCCAUUGCUGCAAAAGCAGGCAACGAUCCAUGCUGUGACUGGGUUGGUGGAGAUGGUUCAGGUCAUUUUGUCAAGAUGGUUCACAAUGGAAUAGAAUACGGAGAUAUGCAGCUUUGUUGCGAGGCUUACCAUCUGAUGAAGGAUGGACUUGGUUUGACCUCAGAUGAAAUGAGUCAGGUGUUUGAUGAAUGGAACAAAGGAGAAUUGGACUCUUUUCUGAUAGAAAUCACAAAAAAUAUUCUUGCCUACAAAGAUGCUGAUGGUAGUCCAUUGGUCGAAAAGAUAAGAGAUUCUGCAGGCCAGAAAGGGACAGGAAAGUGGACAGCUAUUUCCUCUUUAGAGUAUGGCAUUCCUGUAACUCUGAUUGGUGAAUCUGUCUUUGCUCGUUGUUUGUCAUCCCUCAAGGAUGAGAGGGUUGAAGCCAGUAAACACCUGAAGGGUCCUUCGUCUUGUAAAUACACUGGGGAUAAAAAAGAAUUCAUUGAACACAUCAGAAAGGCUUUAUACGCUUCCAAGAUCGUAUCCUAUGCCCAGGGGUUCAUGCUGAUGAGAGAAGCAGCCAAAGUCUUUGGUUGGAAUCUCAAUUAUGGAGGAAUUGCUCUGAUGUGGAGGGGUGGUUGUAUCAUAAGAAGUGUAUUUCUUGGUAAUAUUAAAGAAGCUUUUCAGAAAAACCACGACCUACAGAACCUGCUCCUCGACGACUUCUUCAAAGCAGCCAUUCAAAACUGUCAGGAUUCUUGGCGCAAGACCGUAGCAACCGCUGUCACCCUUGGUAUCCCAACACCAGCAUUCAGCACCGCAUUGGCAUUCUACGAUGGUUACAGAUCUGCUCAGCUUCCUGCAAAUCUUAUCCAGGCUCAGCGAGAUUAUUUUGGCGCGCAUACCUACGAGCUGCUGUCCAACCCAGGCCAUUUUAUCCACACAAACUGGACGGGAAAAGGAGGGUCCGUCUCCUCCACUACAUACCAAGCUUGAACAACAAACGUCAUUCUUUCCAUUCCCAUAGUCCUGUCUUCUUGAUCAAACCUCUGUCUGAUUAAUGUCUAUUUUAUACGAUGAAUACCGGGGGAGAUAGCUUAUUUUGUUAAAUUUUACAAUGUAUGUUGGUAUAGACCCCUCGUAUGCAUAUGACGUCCAAGCAGCUCGAUCUGGGGGACAAAACAAAAGAAUUUCAAUCUCCUGAGAAUUGGAAACCUAUAUAUUGUUUUGUCCCCAGACUGAGCUGCAUUCCAAAGUGCUGCAAGGGGUCUAUAGAUGAACUAUGAAAUCAAUGAUGGUUCGGUCAGGUCAAGCCCAAUAAAAUACCUAAAGACAACUGAAAUCUA